AUGUUGCUAACUCUCUACGUGACUACCUUCAUCAGUCUCGCCUCGCACGUCCACGCCCACGGCUACGUCAGCAACGUCACCGUCGACGGUACGGUCUACCCCGGAAACGCACCAGGCCACUACACAGUGGCCAGCCCGAUCCGGACGGUAUCGUCCAACAGCCCGGUGACAAACGUGUCCAGUCCUGACCUCGCCUGCGGGCUCGGCGCGGUCAACGCUGCCCUCGACGCCCCUGCCUACCCGGGCAGUGCGGUGAACUUUACGUGGGUGUCUGGAGGAGGCGGGAACUGGCCCCACGAAGUCGGGCCGGUCCUAACGUACAUGGCCUCCUGCCUGAACGUGACCACCUGCGCGGGCUUCAACGCAUCCGCCGCGGAGUGGUUCAAGAUCACGGAGGACGCGAAGCGGGCGGACGGCGCGUCGUGGGUUCAGCAGCUCAUCAUGGAGGGCGACAGCUACAACGUGACGAUCCCCGAGGGUCUCACGCAGGGGGCGUACCUCAUGCGGAAUGAGCUUAUUGGCUUGCAAAACGCGAUGUCGCCCGGCGGCGCCGAGUUCUUCCCGUCCUGCACGCAGCUCCGAAUACUCGGGAACGGGACGGAGGUACCUGCGCCGAACAGUACUGUCCGGUUCCCAGGGGCGUAUAACGAGACUGACCCGGGGGUCCUCGUCGAUGCGUACACGGACCCGGACACACCGUACGAGAUCCCGGGUCCUUCGCUGGCGACGUUCGUGGACGCAAGGAGCCUGGACGAGACGAACGGUACCUUUGCCAUGCCUGCAGCUUCAUCCGCCCCUCUGGCUUCGUACACACCCCCGACAUCACCUAUAUCUCCAGCCUCAUCGACGUCUCCAGCCCCAUCCACGCCUCCAACCUCAUUUGAACCCGAGCCUUCGGACAACGUGGAUGACGUACCCUCAGCGCCCUUGCCUCCCAUCUAUCCACUCCCCCAGGAGUCCACGCAAAGCUCCAUGAGCACCCCAAGCUCCGUGCCUAUCACCGCGCCGCUUCCCACAGGUCUCGGAGAAGCACCGCUGGCCCCAGUACCCGUGUCCCCCACUCCAGUUCCUGGUCUCGCUUCAUCUGAAGAUGGCCAGGCGCAGCUAUGGAUUCCGAUGGUGGACGCUACGCCUAUGCAACCUGAAAUGCUUGAGCGGCGGGCGCGGCAUGGGCAUAGCAGAGUCAUGGGCAGGAUCGCGCACUAG